UCCCUACUGCCUGUGUCAGCCAGGCCCUGGGCCAGGCUGCAACCAGGAGCUGGGAACUCAAUUCGUGUGUCCCAUGAGGGUGAGUGGUGGAAACUCAACUACUCGAUACAUCACUGUUGUCUACCCCAGCACUCUCAGGUCUGUAUCAUCAAGCAGCUGGAACACGGAGCAAGAGCAGAAACCUAAUUCUGGUACUCUUGUAAGAGAUGUGGGCAUCUUGACUUCCAGCUCAAAUCCACCAUCCAGCACAUUCUUUUCACUCACAUACUCAUAAUAUAUUUCCCGUAUGCAUCUUGAAUAACCAUUUUUUUUUCAUGACAGGUAUGUAAUGUACAGAUUUGGAAAGGAUGAAUAAGAAACUAACUUUGGAUAUCAAUAUAUUUCUGGAAUAAUUUCAUAGUGUUGCUUUUGUAUCACAGCGCAAUUAAUAUUAUAAUGAACAGAUUGAUAAAUCUUCUCGUACACACUGGCCCGACCGACGGAGAUCCCAGCGUAUGCAUUCACUGCCUAAGCUUUAAGUCAUCACAUUUUGUACCAGGCAUCAUCAAGAAUUCUGAAGAGCAAGUCUUGGUUGCAAGCAUCAGGAACACCCUUUAUUUCACAAGGAAAUAUACGUCUACAGAGAUCUCGUCACCUUCCUCUGAAAAAUCAGAAAUGGAAGAUCACAGGGUGACAUACACUGAGGUGAAAAUCCAGUCUCCGUCCCGUUCGCAGAGAACCCCUGGAAUGUCUGAAACCAAAAGCACCACCCGUUUUGAAUAUCCAGAUGUCUCUGCCUCAUUGCUGCCAUGGAAGUUAACAGCACUGGUUCUGAGUCUGGUCUGCCUGGGCCUGCUUUUGUCUGUUGGAAUCCUGGCCAAGCUGAUAGCAGAGAGCACUUCCAAAAAUCUCAAUUUUAGCCAGGAAAGAGAUCCAAAAGGAUUGAUUUCAGGAAAUUCAGAGAUUCAACAGCCAUCAACAAAAGUGUCGCGGUGUCAGCCCUGUGAUGAGAACUGGCAGCAGCAGGGCAAGUACUGCUACUCCUUUUCUAGAAAUCUGAUUCCAUGGAGAGAUUGUCAAAGCCACUGUUCAGCCUUACAUUCAAGCUUUCUUAAGUUUAAUGUGGAAAAAGAGCUGGAGUUUUUGGGAAGAUUGUCAAAAAGGGAAUGUUAUAAUAAUGAGAAGAACUUUGGGAUCAGUUUGUACUUCAAUAGCAGCCAGAUGAAGUGGGUUUGGCUGGAUGGCUCAGUUUUUAUGUUGGACAAUUUUGUCAUCCGGGUAAUUCUGGCCUUCUAG